UUCGUCAGUGACCUAAAAUGAUUCAUUUGUAGGCUAGGCCUAGAGUCUGUCGGAUCAUUCAGUUUCCAUUUACAAAAUCGUUAAAAACGUAGGUGAAUUUGAGCUAGGCGACUAAGCUAAGUGCAACUAAGGUAAGGACAAGGUGACGUUAGUCCACCAUGGAAUAGGAUAACAAACGUGAAAUGAAGUCUGAACGGAUAUUUAGCUGCUUUUUGAAUGCAGCGUAGACUAGGACUAAGUGCUGGCAGCAAACCCACCAUCGAGCUGGGCCGAGGUAAGGCGAUGUUCGAGACCUUGCGCCCCAACAAACAAAAGAACCCAGAACCAUGGAAGGCCUCUCAAGCCACAGCACCUACCUACUCCAGCAGCUGCAGGAACAGCGAAUCCAGGGUAUGCUCUGUGACUGCAUGCUCGUUGUCAAGGGUGUGUGCUUUAAAGCCCAUAAGAAUGUCCUGGCUGCAUUCAGCUCAUAUUUCAGGUCUCUUUUCCAUAAUACAACAGGUCAGAGAAAUGAUGUUUUCCAUCUAGUCAUUCAGGAUGUUGGAGGAAUUGGCCAAGUACUGGAUUAUAUGUAUACCUCUCACCUGGAGUUGAAUCAUGAAAAUGUUCAAGCCUUGUUGGAUAUUGCACAGUAUCUACAGGUGCCCAACAUACUGAGCAUGUGCAACAGUUUCCCAAAGUCUUGUGCCUCAUCUAUUGAUUCCUCCACAUUCUCCAUGCCAGGUGACCUGUCACAUGAGCAGGACUGCAUGAUGAGUGGUAACCUACCUCCUGAGACUGAUCUUAUGCCCACAGAAACCCAGAAACCUCUGAACAUUACCGUUGAGGAAGAUCAGUCCAAACAAGAUUCACACAUUCAGGAAAACAUUUCAAUUGAUAUGGUCACAAACAUGACUACAGCGUCAAUAAAACAGCCAUUACAUGGCUACAAGCUGCGCAAUUUCUCUAGCAAGCAAUAUUUUAAACAAAGUGCUGUACAGACAUGCUACUCUCUUAGUAAGCAAAGUCAGGAUCAGGUUUCGGUGGAAGGAACUUUUUCAGCUGAAUGCACAAAUAACACCAUUGACUAUAGCCCUGCCUGCCAAAGAAGUGCUAUACCAAUGGAUCAGGAUCUUUCUACACCUCGAGGUUCCAUUUCAGUAGCAUCUGACUGCACGUAUCUUCCUGCUUUCAAGAGCCCUUUGUCUAGGCCUGUGCGCUCCAAGAAAGCUGUAUACCUGAAAAAGUACAACUACCUCUGCUCUGAGAGAAUGGACGUAAAAAUGCACAUUUCGAAGAGUCAGUUCACUGAACACUGUGUGAAUAAGAGUCUGCAGGAGACCGAGCAAAGCUUGGAUGAGCGGGUUGCACUAGAAAACCUGGAAGACUCAACGUCAGGCAGUAGUCAGAAAGUUUCCAUCCCAACAGUAAACUCGGUGGAGAUUUGCUCCGAAUCAAGCAGGGCCCCUCCAAGACAAUCAAGAAAUAGGAAUUAUUCCUGUGAAAUAUGCAGGAAGGCAUUUAAACACCCAAGCAACCUGGAGCUGCACAAGCGCUCGCAUACUGGUGAGAAACCAUUCCAAUGUAACAUAUGUGGAAAACAUUUUUCACAGUCAGGUAAUUUGCAGACACAUUUACGUCGGCAUUCAGGAGAAAAACCUUACAUAUGUGAACUCUGUGGAAAAAGCUUUGCUGCCUCAGGGGAUGUCCAGCGUCACAUUGUCAUCCACACAGGGGAAAAGCCUCAUCUGUGUGAUGUUUGUGGACGAGGUUUCAGUAACUUUUGUAACUUGAAAGAACAUGAAAAGACACACUCAACGGAUAAAGAAUUUACUUGUGACCAGUGUGGCAAGUCUUUCAACAUGCACAGAAAGUUGCAAAAGCAUAAAAUUCGUCACAGCGGAGACAGACCUCACAGCUGCCAAACCUGCGGUAGGAGCUUUGGAAGUACAGGUGAUCUACGGCGACACAUUCGUUCACACUCGGGUGAAAAGCCCUAUUCCUGUGAGAUGUGUGGUAAAAGUUUCACACGGUCUGCUGUUCUCCGUCAGCACCACAGUAUCCACUAUAAAUCUGUCACAGGAGUUGGUCACAGUUCUGACAGGAAAGAGACUGAUCAAGCAAACAAACCUCCACAAUCCCACCCUGCAAUGACUGUCAAAGCACUAAGAACUUUAAACCAACGUUAUGACUCCCGAAUUCAACAAAUACACACGGCACCUCCAUCUGAUGUUCCCACUGAACAAAGUUCCUCUUCUACAGUCAUGGAGUUGCAGCACACUGUGCCCAGACGCAUUCUUGCUGCUCACUCUGGCAAAUACCCUGUUUCUGACACUAACUCAAAAAACCCACUUUCAAUUGAAGUUUCCUUCUGCCCCUUCUCAGGUGACCAUGGACCAGCUACCAGCUUGCAAGCUGCAGACCCAUAGCACCAACUCCGCUCUCUCUUCUAGUAAUCACAGUGGAUCAACUAGCCAGACCACUGGUAGUCUCACUAAGAGCAAUGAGCAUAUUUUUGAGCAUAUCAGUGUAACUCUGGAAACUUUACAUGAGGUCACUGCAUUCUAACAUUUUAAGAAAUUUCAAUUCAGUUGAGUUUUAAUUACUUUUAUAGCACCAAUUGAGCUGUAGUGUUUGAAGUCACAAACUAUUGUGGUAAAAGGUGUAGGGCUGAAUUGACAGAAUUUCUAAAAAUGUGCUUAUUUAAAGUGCUGAAGGCAUUUUGUGUUAAUUCAUGACAUACAUGAUUUAAUGGGGUAUUGAAGGGUGCUGAAGUAAAAUCUGCUUUAUGCCCAACUCAUAAAUGUCCCAUAAUGCCUCAACAUUGAGAAAUCCAAUAUGGCUGCCAUCACCAGGCUGAAAUCUAUUGAAGCAUUUUUUGACUAACCAAGAUAGAAACAUAAAUGAAAUGUGGUUUUCAUGCAUGGGGAAUCAAAUAUGAAGAAACUGCUUGAAACUCAUACUGUAUUGUGAAAAUUAUUACCAUUAAUGAUAAAUAAUUAAUCAACCAAAUAAGAUACAGAACAAGGUUGAUACUAAUUGUUAAGAAACAGUUUGAAAUAGGUAUUUGGUUGUUUAUUUAUUUAAGUACUUUUUAACAUAUCUACUCUCAGAUUGUUGUUGUAUAUAGUCCUUCAUAGUGUGUACAGGUAGAUCUGCACACAUCGACACAUUCCCAAUCAUCAUCAGUCUUCUGCAGGUUACCAAGUUUCCUACAGUUACACACACCCUGAUGCAUUAUAUGCGACUUUUCCUUUUACUUAGAUUAAAAGAUUCAAUCUCAAGUCAGUCUCAUU